CGCGUCCAAAGGUCCACCCGACCGCACCGCCGCCACCGCCACACAUAACAAGCCAGCAGGCCGGACAUUUUUGAAUUGUGGCCGAAUUUGAGACGAUCGCAAAUCUCUGACGAGUAUUUUGCGCCGAUAGUUGGCAUCUACAGAGAGACGCACAUACAGACAGGAUGGCGCUACGGGACGAAGAGUCGGCGGACGCGUGUCUGCUGCUCAUGAUAGCCAUCGGACUGCUGCUGUUCGGUGUCGGAGCGACGUUGGUUGUGGUCGGCUACUACAUACCCGGUGUGGACCACGUCUCCAAAGACCUGAUGGUCGCUAAUGGAUUCACAAUAGGAAGUGUCGGGAUCGCUAUCUCUUGCCUUGGAAUAGUAUUUUUGUACAUGAGAGCGCAAAACAAGUUGGAUCUGAGCUCAACUAACCUGCAGCGAGGACACAACAUGUCGUAUUCGGGAUCCAGGGAUCUAGAGGUAGCUGGAAGGACAACCGGUGGAUGGUAGUAGAGGAACUACCGUCGAUAACAAAAGAGAGAGAGAGAGA